AUGGUUCUCCCCAAUGUAAUGAAGGAGGCGAUGAGAAAAGGGGAAGAGGAAGCGGCGCAGUUCUUUCCAACGCUGCUUUCCUCAUCGAUUCUGCAAGAGCCUUUUGUGCAGGAAAUUAUUCAGGAGAACGAGGCGAUGCUUGGGGAAAUUGCUCGCCUCCGUUGUCUCCGCCAAGGCCACGCAAAAGAGCGUUGUCAACAUAUGCAAACCGCGGAAACGGCGGCGCGGCAGCUGCUGGCGACAUCGGAGGCGGAGGUGCGUUUUGAACUGUGUGUGGCGUGGCACGCAUGUAUUAUCGGUGGGCUGCGUGACACGUUAGAGGAGUUAGAGGCGGUUCGGGAGGAAAAUACCGCACUUCAGAAGGUCAUGUUGAAAGUGCAGGAGGAACUCGGGGCGUUGGAGUCACAUUCGACUCCCGUUUCGUCUGAGGAAGACAUAACACCGGCGCGUGUUAUUACAGCUAUAGAUCCAGGGUGUAAAUUACAUGCGCACUAUAUCGUUUCUCCUAAUAUUAGAGCUAAUUACCACUCACCACGUGUGUCAUUUGGUCCGUCACGGAAGCGUGGGCGCAGCAGUGGUGAUAGCUGGCACUUCUCUCCGUCGGAAAAAACGAUAGAGAAGCGUGGUGUAAGCCAGCAACCCACAUAA